AUGGGUGAGCUUCGUGCGCUGCAGAGCACCAUCACAGACCGUCUUCCAGGGGCACCUCGGGUUAUGCUAACAAUAAGAAUGGCAAUUGAUGAUGAAGUCUGCGUGAGUAUGUUCGAUGCGUUGGCUCUUGCAUUCCAUGACAAGUUUGAUGCUUACGGAAAAGAGCCCAAGAUAGUCCUAAUAACGAGCAUCAAUCCAAAGAUAGCUUCAGGUAGAAUAUAUCUCAAUGGCACUUCUGCUACACGUGUAUUUUUUGACUGUGAAACGACUGUUGGGAAAGAGGUAUACAACCGGCAAGUUUUUCUUUUUCCUGGGGGUGGUGCGGACCAGGCAGGGUCCUCAUCAAAGGUGGUUCAUGCACAAAAGAUCGACCCCCUCACCAUUAAAGAGUUUAACGACUUUGUUUUAACCGGUGAUCCCCAGCUAGAUGAUGGAUGGUGUUACAUUGGCUGCUCUAUUUGUUCCAAAAAACUUCUCCGGGAGGAAACAUCAUUCACAUGCGUCUCAUGCAAUCUACCUAAUGCUGUAGCUGAACUCAGGUAUCGAGUUGUCUUCUCUGUAUCCGACGUCACAGGAACAGCAGCCUUUGUUGGCUUCGACAAAGAGGUUGCCAAACUGACUAAUGUACUGGCAUCGGAGGCGGCCAAGAUUGUGGGAAUUUGUGCUAAUGCUGAGGUGGACACUGAUAUCCCUAGGUCUCUUGCAGCUGUUGUCGAUAAGACCUACACUUUCCAGCUUAAGUUAACCGAUUUCAACUUCACUCCAAAUCAGCAAACCUUUACCAUUUCUUGGAUUUUUCCAGCACGCGAGCUUGCGCCAAACCCAACGUUGCUGUGUGAAGGUGGAGGGGAUGCUGCAACAGCAUACACUGAGACUUUAGGAUCAGGUUCCGGCUCAACAGGUAUCAGCUCAAGCAAUGCCGUUGGCGAAUCCAUCACGACUGAACAUCCUCUGGAGGUGCUUGACCCUGCUGUGAAGGAAACCUUUGAACCCGAAGGAAAUCCACCCAAAAAAUCAUGA